AUGUCUUCUCCCCAGGAUGUCUUGUCUGCCAAUGGCAACGACCUUGUCGAACACUUGGAUCAGCUGAAGAUGGACGACAGACUUGGUCCCGACGGCGAGCCCGCCCCUAAGACGGACGAGGAAUACGCCCAGUCCCAACUGACUCUCCGAGCUAUUGUUUCUUCCAAGGAAGCCGGUGUUAUCAUUGGCAAGGGCGGCAAGAAUGUUGCUGACCUUCGCGACGAGACCGGCGUCAAGGCUGGUGUCAGCAAGGUGGUUCAGGGUGUGCACGAUCGUGUCCUCACCAUUACCGGCGAGUGUGAUGCCAUCUCUCGAGCCUACGCCAUUGUAGCUAGAGCACUGCUCGAGGGCGCUCCUGCCAUGGGCAUGGGAGGCAUCGUUCAGGGCAACGGCACUCAUCCCAUCAAGCUUCUUAUUUCGCAUAAUCAAAUGGGUACCAUCAUUGGUAGACAGGGUCUCAAGAUUAAGCAUAUACAGGAUGUGUCCGGCGUCCGCAUGGUAGCCCAGAAGGAAAUGCUACCUCAGUCCACGGAACGAAUCGUCGAAGUCCAGGGCACCCCCGAGGGUAUCCAGCGAGCUGUCUGGGAGAUUUGCAAAUGCCUCGUCGACGACUGGCAGCGUGGCACCGGUACUGUGCUUUACAACCCAGUUGUGCGCACUCAAGCCGGCUCCAGCAGCCUGGGAAGCAGCUACAACAGCGGCGGUCGAAGCGACUACGGUAGUCCCCGAGUUAUGCGCACCGGCAACGGAGCCGACUUCAGCAAUGGUGGUGUUCGACCAUUCAACCGCCGAUCUGACUCUGAUGCAGCCAGCCGCGGCCCCCCUACACAUGAUGAGAAUGGUGAAGAAAUCCAGACGCAGAACAUUAGUAUCCCCGCAGACAUGGUUGGCUGCAUCAUCGGACGUGCUGGCAGCAAGAUAAGUGAGAUCCGUAAGACAUCGGGAGCCCGCAUUUCUAUUGCCAAAGCACCGCAUGAUGAAACCGGAGAGCGCAUGUUCACCAUCAUGGGCACCGCCAAGGCCAACGAAUCCGCCCUCUUCCUACUGUAUGAGAACCUCGAGGCAGAGAAGAUGCGCCGAAGCCAGCUGCAGGAACAAGAAUAA